GCAACCUUUGACGCUGUCAUGUCUAACAUCUUCAACACUGUAAACAACGCUUAGACAUACAGCACUUAAAUUUUAAAAUAACUGUGAUUUCUCAUCCUCGACAAAUUUAUUUAAAAACCUGGAUAAUUCAUGAUAUUAUUCAAGGAUGGCGGCUGCAGCUGUUUCAUCAAAUGUUGAAGAAAAUAUUCGUUUGCUUGUGCAAACUAAACGGGUCCGUGUCAAUGAGUUUUUUCAAGACUAUGAUAAAUUAAGAUCUGGCUAUGUUACAGGCCCACAGUUUUUUCGAUGUCUUUGGCAAACUUUAUCUUUAAAACUCAGCGAGGAAGAAGAAAAUGCACUUUGUCUCAAGUAUGGCAUAGGAGAAAAUGGAAAAAUAAAUUAUAAAAGGUUUUGUGAUGCUGUUCAAGUCAAAUUUGAGCCUAAAAAUACCUAUGGACCUCCAGAUGUACAGAAAUUGGUACCUUUGGAGUACCUAGGCACAUUGAGAACAAAACACCCAUUGCCAGUUGAUGAGGAGGCUAGGCUUGUAGGCAUUUUACGUAAAAUGCAACAGUAUUACAAUGUCCGGGGCAUCAACCUGCGGACACAGUAUGAGGACUUUGAUAAACAUCACAAAGGUGUCAUCUCAGAAAGCCAGUUUUAUCGAAAUUUUCCUGGACCAAUGGAUCUUAAUGAUGAAGAUAUGAAAGCACUCGUAGAAAAAUAUGGUGAUCCAACAUGUGCUGGCUUAGUCAAUUAUUUAAAUUUACAUCAUGAUGUAGUGGCAGUUCAUAACCAUGUCAAGGGAGAAAAAGUUCCAAAGGCAGUUGCAAAAGAAAGAAAUGUUGACUUGGUGCCUCUUUUUCCAAAUGCCGAUCCAACACUUGCAGAAAUUCUAGACAAAGUAAGAGUGGCUGUUUAUAAAAAUGGAAUUCGUACAGUGGAAUUCUUUAAAGAUCAUGACAAACUUAGAAGUGGCAUCAUCACAGAAAAUCAGUUUAUUUGUGGCCUAGCAUUAGCAUGUGGUAAAGAAGCACAUCUCACCCGUCCUGAAAUUCAAAAGGUUGUGGAGUUUUAUCGACUCCCUGACGGGAGAGUUCUGUACAAGGAUUUCUGUGAUCUAAUGGAAAAUGCAUUUAAUAUUCCUGAUCUUGAAAAGAAGCCAACAGAGACUGUACAAAGACCUGCCAAGGGAACACUAUUCAGGGGUCUGAAGAGGCUACAAGAAGAUGAUGAAAAGCGCAUUUUAGAAAUUUUGGAUGCCAUCUCGAGCAAAGUUUUGAAGGAGAGAAUCUUGAUGUAUCAGUACUUUAAAGAUUAUGACAGGUCCACUGCAUACACUCGUGUAGUCACCCCUUCUCAAUUUGCAAGAAUUCUUCAUUUUCUGGGCCUGGAUAUUUCUCCAAAUGAUCUCAAACUGUUGAUGACAAAAUUUGAGGAUCCAUCUUCAGGCGACGUCAACUACCCUGCAUUUGUGCAGGCAGUGGACAGAGACUUUGUUGGCAACACUGUGGACUCAUCAGAGGAUGAAUUUAAAGUCCGGCCACCGCCAGCUGUCCUAGCUGAAACCAAAUGGCUGGAGAGUCAACCUGUUUCAUUUGAAGACCUUCUGGCAAGAAUUCGUCACAUCGUUCUAACUAACAGACUCAGGAUUAAUGAAUAUUUUCAAGACUUUGACAGCUUGAGAAGUGGAUCCAUAAGCACAGGUCAAUUCAGGCGUGGGCUUGCAUCUAUGGGACUGAGCAAAUUAGGUUAUCAUGACCUGAACGACAACCAGUUUGAAUUGCUAGCAGAGCAUUACAAGAAUCCCACCAAGCCAGACCAGAUUUUAUGGAUGAAUUUUCUAGCUGAUGUUGAAAGCGUUUUCACACAAUCUGGUUUAGAGAAGGUUCCAUCUGCAACUGUACCUCCACAAGAAUGUUUUAGAGUACCUAAACCAGGAACCAUUGACUGGAAGAAUGCUUCAAAAGACCACAUAGAUCUCUACAAUGCAACAAUGGACAGAAUCAGAAAGAGGGUAGAGCACAGACGUGUGUUAUGCAAGCCAGUUUUUCAUGACUUUGAUAAACACAACAUGGGCCACAUCACAAGGACACAGUUCCGCCAGUGUUUGACUAUGCUGGAAAUACCAGUGGAAGAGCCUGAAAUGCAGGCACUUGAGUCUCUAUACUGUAAUGAUUAUGGGGUGGACUACUGUAAGUUUUUGGCUGACUUACAGCCUGAGGAAGAUGUGCCAUUUAUGUAUGUGAAAAGAAUGGAGGAGGUUAGAAAAACAAACAAGAAAAAAACAUUGCCAGAACAGAAUGCUAAAGCAGAUUUGGAAAGUGUUCUGCUUAAAAUUAAGACUAAAGUAUUCAAAGAAAGAAUUCGUGUUUAUGAAUUCAUGAAAGAUUAUGACAAGCUGCAUUCUGGUCGCAUGCUCAAAGCUUCUUUCAGAAGAGCUCUAAAUUUGGCCAGGCUUGAUCUUCUAGAAUCUGAAAUGGCUAUACUGGAAGACAAGUUUCAGUCCAAUGCAGAUUUUGAAUAUGUUGAAUACUUAAAGUUCUGUCAAGAGAUUGAAUCAAUAUUUACCAAGGAUAACCUCGAGAAAACUCCACUAGAAGAUCACUACCAGCUGGCAGAAGAAUGGAAACCUGCUCAGUUGACAGAACCUGAAGAGGAGCAAGUUAAAAAGUGUCUGUUACUCAUGGCUGAAAAGGUGUACAAAAACAGAAUGCAGCUUUUCCCAUUGUUUGAGGACUAUGACAAAGUCCACAAUGGUGCAGUGUCCCAGUCCCAGUUCCGACGAGUCCUCAUGGAGCUAGAACUGGCUAAUUGUCUACGAGACACAGACUUUAAGUUGCUCUGGAACAAAUUCCAGGUCCAGAUUGGAGGGCGCACAGACACCAACUACAUUGCUUUCUGCCAGACUGUGUAUGAACUGGCAGGUUUUGACCUCAGCAAACCUUAAAUGUCCAUUGCACUUGAUCAUAAUAUUACUAAAACAUAAUGAAUGUUUAAGACAGGACAUAUAAAGUAAGAAUUUCGUAUGUGGAUUUUUAAAGCUAUAUGUACAGUGGUUUUAUAAUCUUAAUAGAAACUCAAGUACUGACAUUUCAGCUGAAAGCUUGCAUAAUAUAAAAUAAGACAAAGUAGCAAAAAGUCAGUUGUUAAACAUGGAUUUUUUUCAACUCUUUUUUUGAAAUGGUUUUGCUAAAGUGUAAAAAAAAACACUUUUUGAUGCACUCUACUCUAGCCAUGUUGCAGCAUUGAUCUUAAGUGAUAUUUAUUUUUUAAAACUUGUUAUAGGUAGAAUAUCUAUUGAAAUAUGUUUGCAUAAAUCUAUUUUGUACCUUACUUUUUGUAUUUUUUUUAUGUGAAAUGAGCUUUGAUUAUACAGUAUUACAGGUAGAUGAAUUCUAAUAGCAUAAUUGAUGAGGAGAUGAUGAGACUUGGAUUAUUAAUUACCAAAAUUUUUUAAACUAAAUUAUUUAGUAAUUGGAGUGACCAGCUAAACUUUAAAGCAUUAGCAUUACUUAUUUACUCUUUUUAUAAUAAAGGCUUUGAUAACAAUUGUUUUAUUUAAAAGAAGCCACUUCUACAUUCUGUUUGUGAUAGUGAUAAUUAAACAAUGAUCAUGUUUACAAAUUUUAUAUUUUAAAACUUCCGACCAAACAAUAUUUACAAUUUUUUAAAACUAUUGUGUUUACAGCCAUGGUAUGCUAAAUAAAA